AGUACUGAGAACAGAGAUAUCCCAUACUUAACAAUCACUAAAACUGGUGGCACUAAUAAGAAAACAAUAUUUUUUGAAUGUGGAAUACACGCCAGAGAAUGGAUCUCAACGGCCGCCUGUCUGUGGAUAUCAAACCAAUUGGUUUCGACCACUAAUUAUGACAACCUUUUGGAGAAAUACGAGUUUAUAAUCGUACCGACGCUUAAUCCCGACGGUUAUGUCUACACUCACACUACAAAUAGGAAAUGGCGUAAAACCAGAUCAAAGAAUGGUCUGUGCUAUGGAGCGGAUCCUAAUAGAAACUGGGACUCAGCGUUUUGUGAAGAGGGGGCUUCCGAUUAUCCAUGCGAUGACGACUAUUGCGGGAAAUCAGCCUUUUCUGAACCCGAGUCCAAAGCGAUGGCAGAGUUGGUGAGAGGAAAGGCGGCCAAUACUGCCGCUUAUUUCUCACUCCACAGCUAUAGUCAGCUCUGGAUGUAUCCGUGGGGUUAUACAAAAGCCAGUCCACCAAAUAAGAGUCAAUUGGACACGUUGUCUAAAUUGGGUGUCGACGCUAUUAAAGCCACAGAUGGACUCUCUUUUACUUACGGAACGAUUGCUAAUACUAUUUACGUGGCUUCGGGUUCUAGUGUUGAUUACGUUUACGACACACUUAAAGUUAAAGUGGCCUUCGCUCUGGAGCUCAGACCCGACCGCUAUUCCCCCAAUGGCUUUGUAUUGGAUCCCAAGUAUAUAAAACCUGCCUCUGAAGAGACCUGGAAUGGACUCCUCGCUGUCAUCGAGAAUCUUGAUAAAUGA